AUGAACAAGUGUUGUAGGAAGUUCUUUUGGGGCAGGGACGGUACUCCUCCUGUUGCUUGGAAGGAGGUCUGUAUGCCUAAAGACCUUGGUGGCGUUGGAGUCAGAAUGGCCAAUCAUUUUAAUCUUGCUGCUCUUGCAAAGCUGGGAUGGAAAUGCAUUACUGACCAUUCCAAUUGGUGGGUCAAGAGCUUACCUAAGACUAUUCAACACAUGUUUAUGGACUGUCAGUUUGCUAAGGAUGUUUGGGCUCUUUCUCCUGAUCUCAUGCCCUUCCCUCACAGACUGGAGAUCUGUACAAUUGGCUUCUUUCGCUGA